AUGCCUCUCAAACUCUCAAACCCCUUCAAAUCAUCCAAACCGCAGCGUCAGGCGGCAGAGAAAGCCCAUAAGUCUGCCAAGGACGACUCGUCCUCUGUCUACAGUGAUGCUGCCACGCUAGUAGCCGGCAAAGAACAAUCGCCAAAGUCGACGCCAGAAUAUCAAUACCAGAGGGAGCUCGACUUUAGUUCUAUGCGAUAUAGUAAGACUCCCUGA